AGCACUGACCACUGGCCAUCCUUCGCUCCACUCGCGCAGCUGAGAUUACUUUCACCGCAACAAACGCGGUUGGAGGCAUCUCGAAUAGGUAUAAGACUUGCUAAUGAUGCGGGAUUAACUUCAGCCGGAUCUACUGCGAUCUUGUUGCCUAAUGCUUAGGGGUUUUCUUUGGACGACGACAGCUCUCCUGCUUUACUCCUUCCAUCUCUUCAAUCUGGGUAUUCAGAAGGUUAUCGGCGAAACGCUCGGUAUACCCCUUCAUGAAAUCGUCCUAUCACUGGAGCUUUUUCAGAAGGUGGGACACCAUCGAUGGAAUGUACAACUUUGGAUCCUUGAUACCGAAUAUCAGUGGGAUAUCAAUUCCAACAUGACCUCAAAAGACUCAACAGAUAGCAUAUGUUGGAUGCUUGCGACUGUGUCAGGCAAAUUCAUGGUUGCAUAAUCUGGAGUAUGCUAAUUCCGAAACAAUAGUCAUUUGAACAUCCCCAAAAGCUGGUAGUAUCCGUCACAUACAUGCUUUGCCUGCUAGAAAC